UUUAUGCAACUUUUAGAACAAUCUAUGUUUUCCACAAAAACUAAAAUCAAACACUUAUUUUUAAAUUUCGCGCGUUGUGUCCUAAAUGCGUAACUCACGUUGCGCAGUGCAUUCUGGUUUCCUUCGUAGCAGUUGUUUUUGAAAUCACCAUAAAAAUAAACAAAGUUUGGGGUUUGAGGAGUAAUUUCUGUUGGGAAAAGUGCUGAAGAUUUGAACAGAUGCAUUUGCAACAAAAAAGCAAGAACUUAUUAGCGCGUGAUGCGCGCCAAUGUUCGUAAGCCCGCGAAAUCUGAGAGAACGCCACGGCACAAGAAGCUUCGACAGCAACGAAACGACGCUAUGGAUAUGUUCGUGACUCCGAAACGUCAGAAGAAUGACGAUCUAGAGGUCACGGGUAUCUCCCGCAGUGGCCGUGUGAGAAAGAAAUCUUCCAAACUCGUUGACUUUGAAUCGCCAGAUGAUUUUACGGAUAACAAGUACAAACGUCAAAAAGCACAACAAUUACAAAAUCAACAAUUAUUGGACAGAUAUGAUUCCCAACGUAUGUCACCAAAUCAGUCGAUCCAACAUGCAAGUAGUGGAAGACAAAGGAAGAAUUCAAAUUCCAACUCUGGACAGCAAAGAGUUAAACAAGAGACAUUGUCAGAUAACGAAGGGCAGUCUUCAGGGUCAGAGUCUGACGAUCCCUCUGGGUUAAAUGAGGAUGAAAGAUAUAGUAUGGAUUCUGGAAGCGACGAUGACGUUGAUCCUCUUAUGAUAGAUGAUAGAGAAGCAGGGUUUAGAAAGCUUGAACCACCUGGCCAAGAAACACCUUCACAAGCAAAUAGUUUGUACAUGCUUGAGAAAUGUAAGAAAAAGCUAAUUAUUAAAGAUGGCAAAAUAAUAGGUAGAAUGAAGGCACAACGUAAAGACAAAGGGAAAACGAGAUUUACCGCGUACAUGUUGUGGGCUAAAGAAAUUAGGCAAGAGUUACUAGAGCAAUGUCCUUAUAUGGAUUUUGCAGCAAUUUCUAAACGUUUAGGAGAACUGUGGGCUACAGUACCAAAUCUGGAAAAAUAUAACUGGCGCAGACGCGCAAAACGCUUGGCAGCAAAACCUCAUUCUUUACCGAGUAAAGAUGAGCCUGUUUGGAAAAUGCCGCCGCCUGCUUCGCGAAAAAAAUUCAUUAAUAAAAUUGGUAAUGGGAAAGAGCAAAAGCCUGCUACCUCCAAAAAAACUAUUCAACUAGGUCUACCCUCGGUUGUAGGAAAUGUUCCGGUAUCGCCGCCGUCGAAUCGGACUGGGAAAGAUUUAGUUAACGAACCAAUGAUAGGAACAGGAAUGUACAAAGUCGUUGGUACUCAACCUAUCGAUGUAGCUGCUCAUCUCAAGCUUCUCGGUGAGAGCUUAACGAUCAUCGGUGAACGGUUAAAGGAACACGAUGGGCAAAUAGCGGUAUCGGGCAGUCUGUCGGUCUUGCUGGAUUCUCUACUUUGCGCACUGGGUCCUUUGAUUUGCCUAACACAACAGGUACCAGAAACUAAUGGAGCUAAACACGAAACACUUUCGCAAAUGCUCGACAAUAUUGCGUAUCUUAUGCCUGGUUUGUAAUAUAUGUAAAAAUAAUGAAAAAGAUAAUCUAAUAAUAUACAAUGUAAAUAUAUCGAUAAAUUAAAUAGACAUACAUAAUUGUUAAAUGAAUUAAGAAUAACGAAGAAAUGAUAUAGUUUUGUUUGCUACAAAAGGAGAGAAUUUUAAAGUGAAAUCUUUGUUAUAUUUUCUCUGCUUAUAAAAGUAAGAAGUUUUAUAUAAAUAAUAUGUUUGUA